UACAGCUCCAUAACAACAGUGUAAACAAACAAUGGAUUUGGUUAUCAGAGCGUGACAAUGUCGUGUAAUCACGUGUAGAUUAAGAAUUUGGCGUGUCCGAACGUACGAUAUUAAUUUAGCAGUGUUUUCUUGAAAAUUGUGGAUAAUUUACAAGACAAUAAAGGCUUAACUAUGUCUCAAGGACAAGAGGUAGAACUGCAGCAGGUUGGUGAGAACAGUGAAAAACCAGAAUUUGAACCAGAGACCAAUGCUGGUGAAACACAACAAAGCACAGAUGUUCAGGGACCAGCUGGUGUUGAAGGUACAGACAAUCCUGCUUACACAGCACAAGAUGAACCACCACUGGAGGAUAUACCACCACCAAUGACAUUUGUCGACUUCUUGCCAUUACUGAUUGAACCAGCUGGCUCAAAUGCUGAUGCACCUGUGUACGCUGAAUUCAGCACAGUACUGGAACAAGCAAACCAGUGGCUGAAAGGAAACCCUGCAUUUAAAGCCAUGAAGUUGGAAUCUAUCAUUAAAAAGAUUGCUGAUAAAGAUGUUGUCGACCUUGAUCAAGUAAUUUACCAUGAGAGUACUUAUGGUGUGAACAAAUAUCUUCGAGGACUCAGAUUAUGGCUUGCACCACGUCAAGAUACCAGUGAACCAGUCCAGGAAAUCGGCUACCUUACAACGUUACCAGAGCCGGUAGACGAGUCGAAUUCUGAGGCUGUUCUAUCAAUGUUCCGUCCAUCAAGGUACAGGAUAGCAUCUGGCAUCCCUUCCUACUGCGGUACAGCUGACAUGAUGGCCCAGCUGAAUAAAUUUCUCAAGAAGAAGCCAAUUCCAGGAUCCAUCCUGAAUGUAGAAACCCUAAAAGUGAAGUAUGAAGACCUUGGUAAUAAAUGUUUAAAUAGUGAAAAGAUGUGUUGGGCCGACUGUGGGAAAGAGGACAGAGUUUAUAUCCAUGCAUUGAGGGUAUAUUAUACUGUUGGAAAACCAGCAUUUGAAGUUAUAGGUUACCAUGACGAGGUACCAGUAUGCAUCAACAACUGGGAGCUAGUUAGUAAAAUCCGGUUCUGUCCAUUCACCACAGUUGUGCAGAGAGCAAAAAACUGGCUCCGAACACAGAAGGGUAUACGAGUUAUCAACAUGCAGACAGUGGAAGUAUUCAGCGACAGAACUAACAAAGGUGAAGCAAAAGUACAUCAUGAUGUGGCAGGGCACGGGGAGGCUGCUGGCCAGGAUACCCAGUUUGCACGUGUUCUUAGAUUGUUCUAUAUACAGGAUUCAAAGAAUGAGGAAUGUCUAUAUUCAUCACUUGGUCUUACCACCCGGUUGUUCAUCCCAUCCCGUCGCGGUGAUUGGGGCAAAAACUGUGAAACCUUCUCGAAGACAAUGCAGAGAGUUAUCACAUGGUUACAGCUAACAAAGACACCAAUAUUUGGAGUAGAGACAGUAAAUUAUCAGUUUUCUCCGGAUAGUUAUGGUACUGGUGUGAGGGAAAAUGAUGCAUCUAUCACCUUAUUAGCCACCUCAGGCAAAUAUUUCAUCACCACUGUCAGACUGUAUUUCCCUUGCGAGUUCCAGGAACCAGCACCAGAGUUGUUACCGCAGGAAGAGGAGGAUCAGGGCUGGUGGGCGUGUUCAGUCUCUUAACUUACUGAUGAUUGAUUGGUCAGUUUGGUUGAUAAAGAAUUAUGAUUGGCCUUCAGAGAUGUAAAAAAUUACCUGGACUAUCAGUAAAUGGACUGACUAAAUUUGAAAUAUAAAGACAUGAUGGCUGUUUGAAAAUUUAGGAAGAACUGUUCUGUUUACCUAGCUGAUAUUCCAUAUCAUAAUUAAUUAUUCAGUAAAGCCAAUUAAAAACAUUGAAGUAAUGCAAACAUCUUGCAGUGAUAAAGCAAAUAACACUUUUUAAACAAAUCAUUAAGAUUUACUUACUUUAACAUUCUGCAGAAGAGGGCAUUUUUUGUAUAUUUUUUCCAUCUAUUAUGUAUUACAAGUUCAAGGAACACGAUGGUAAAAUUCAACAAUAACACGUGAAUAUUUAUCUUUUAUCAACGUUUGGCGCUUUUGCCUUCAUCAGGAUUUUUUUUUAAGUUCAAGGAACGUAAUUCAUUAGUGCAGACUUAAACAUCAUGUGAUUACCUGCAGACACAUUAGAGACAGUUUAAAAGUUUCUCACCGUCACAAAUGAGAGUUCUUCACACACUCGUAUAUUUCAUCUUUAGAAUUAAUUAUCAGAAUUUAAAGGUAUAAAAUAAAUACUGACUGAGAUUUUAAUAGGUAGUAGCUAAAUCAUUGAGGCAAUAUUUUUUUCUGAAAUUAGUUUCUUUUUUUUUUUGUACUAUGAUUUAUUUUUGUUUUGUGUUCAGACAUUUUAGGAGUUACAUUUUACUGAUAAUUUACAUAUCUACCUUCUAAUUUACAUAUUAAGCAUAAUCAACUGCAGUAAAACACUGAUUACUCAAAGUCGCAAUGUGAUGAUAAAAAUGCUCGAGGUUAUCCAGGGUUUUGGGUCAUCCUAACAUAGAAAAUACAAGGAAAACAAUUACUCGAGCAAACCCUGGUGCUCGAGUUACUGGUGCACGAGGGAAUGGUGGUUCACUGUACAUGUACUUUCAUUAAUGAGAUGUGUUGUAGAUUUCUAGCUUGUUGUAGAUUUAGACAUUGUUUUUGUUCAUCUUUACAUUUAACGAUAUUUAUACAUUCCGUCCAGGCAAUCAGUAUGUUGAUAAGGGUAAGAUAAAAUAUGAAACAAAUAUGUGAACAUGUAUGUAAAUAUCUUAUUGAAAAUGUGUUUGAAACUUUUUUUGCACAAUAUUCAUUGCCUAUAGUGUUUUGUUUUUUGAUUGACACAGUGUUACACUGUAUCAGUGUAUUUUAUACUUUUUGCAACCGUUGCCCUUCAAGGGGGGAAAAGGGACUGAUGGAGAUUGGCUUUAGUAUAUGAUAUUAAAUAUAAAGAUCAUUUUUUUCUGGAAUGAUGUGUCAGUGCUUAGAGUAAGGGUUGAUAUAUUUGAUUUAUACAAUAAGGAUGGGUCUGCCCAGUCAACUCGAGUAGAACCCAGAAUUUCAGCAGUAGCGUAAAAAUUCAGUUUGAGACUUAAAAUUCAGAUUGAGAGUAUGUUCCAUAUCAUAAUUGGCCUCCACUUAUAUUCAUGUGAGGAGGUUACAUUUAUUUGUGGAUAUAGGUCAAUACUGACAUGGAACCCAGGAACACUGGCUUGGUUAACUGACCAUAAUAUAGAUAGCUGAAAUACUUUCGAAAAAUGACCUAAAACCCAGCAAAACAGACAAUUGAAUAUUAAAGGAAGGAUGGGGGAGCAUGUGUUUUAAAACAGAAACUGAUAAGCAAGCACAUUUUAAAGGGGACCAAAGACUUGAGCAGGUAGAGGGUGGGAGACAGUAGUUUAGAAGAAACCUUUUGUUUUUGCAUUUAUAUUUGUGCAUAUAAGCUAAAUACUGAUUUCAGUUUCUUAUUAUACACUAUCUACUUCCUGUUUCAUUUUAUAACUGAUUUUUCUUCUUCCAUUUUAUUUAUUUUGUGUAUCAUUAUUAUUAUUAUGUAAGUUUUGAGAUCUGCUAUUUAUUGUUGUGUAUUUUUGUGAUAUUUACUAUGGUUUUCCAUAAUUUUCUCAGUAUUUUUUGUACAAUCCCUUUUAAAGAUCAAAUAACUUUGAAGUAUUUUGGAUUUUUGCUAUAUUAUUCAAUUUCUGUAUAUAUGAUGUUUACAGCAUCAUGAGUAUAUAUUUAUUGUCUGAUAAAUAUGAUGGAACUUACACUUGUUUUGUGUAUUUGAUUCUCAAAGAAUGUUGUUUGGAUAAAAUGAAGGUAUACUGAUUGUAACUGCAACUUAUUUGAGGAUGUUAAAUGCUAUACUGAAACUUUCUAUAUGAAGUAAAAAAGUCGCUGGAAACAAUGAGGAUAUAAAAGCCUUAUAUAAAUAUGGAGGUUUUAGGAUUGGAUCCUGGCAUAGUGUAUGCUGUCUCUGAUGAUUGCUUGAAGACAUUUAAGCUCACGGGUCCUCCAGCUGUGAUUCAUGUGGGGAAGUUGUCUAAAGGCAUUCUUCAAUCUAAACCACUUUGGGAAGUUGUCUAAAGGUAUUCUCCAAUAUCUAAAACCAUGUGGGGAAGAUUUUUGAAGUCAUUCAUUCUCUACCACUGAAUUAUGUAGAGAAGUUGUCAGAAGUUAUUCUUCCUCCAUCAUUAAUUUAUUUGUGGAAGUUGUCUAAAAUCAUCCAUCCUCAAUCUCUCAUUCAUUUUGGAAAGUUUUCUAAAGUCAUUCAAUCAGUUAUCAACUACGUUUUAACAUUGGUAAGGAAUUCAAGAACUAUCCUAACUUACGGCCUUACAUAACUGAAAUUCUGUUGAAAAAAGGCAUUAAUCUCAAAACAAACAUUCAUAUUACAAACAACAAAGAAUCGAAUAGUACAUUUUAAUGAAUAAGGUCUUCUUUGAUUUGUAAAAAAGAUGUGUCAGGGAGCAAUUUUAUUGCUUUUUUCUUCUUCAAUAAACAUGUUAGCUUUAGAAUGAGAGAUUGAACAAAGAUGACGUGAAUACCUAAUGAAUAGAAGGUGUUCAUGUUGAAUACCAGUCAAUGCUCUUCAAUAUUUUCAUCUUGAAGUAUGAAAAAAAAUGAACAAGUAAGGCAACUUUUAAUUGUUUUGGAUUUAGUAGCAGUCAAUUAGAGGCUGUAUUCUAUAUAUAUAUAAAAAGACACUUACAAAUAGAAUAUGUAGGAUGAGAUUGCCCAAAACACCUGUAGGAGUGUUUGAAUAUGGAGGAAGCUUGAAAGUGACUGAUUUAGCUGUUGACAGCACUGAAAACCGGAACAGGCGCUAUAAACCAUAAAGAGAUGUUUGACAACUAUAGGUCAAAGCUGCUACAUGUAUUCACAUUAUGAAAAUAUCUUUAUUGUAAAUGUUUUCACCUUACAUUGUCACCAAGUUUAUGCACUACUUCGUAGUAAGGCACAUCUGUUUCAGUCAUUUGUCUUGUUAUCCAAAACAAUUAAUGAGUAAUAUUGUUGUGUUCUACUGAUCUUAUGCGAUUGUUUGUUAUCAGCAAAAACCAAAAACCAUGUGCUUUAAAACAACUUUUAAAUGGUAUAGCUGCAAGUACUGGUUUAAGUAGGCUACUCAAAUUAUUUUGUUGAGUUUAAGGUAACUUUUUCUUUUAUGAAAUAAAUUUUUGCUCAAGUUUGUAUCAAUAGGCUUUCAAUGAAUGAAAUAAACUUGAGAAACUGUU